CUGGCGUUGGUGGCCGCGCUGCUGGCCGCGGGUUCGGCCAGUGAGUACGACUAUGUGAGCUUCCAGUCGGACAUCGGCUCCUACCAGAGCGGCCGCUUCUACACCAAGCCUCCGCAGUGCGUGGACAUCCCGGUGGACCUGAGGCUGUGCCACAACGUGGGCUACAAGAAGAUGGUGCUGCCCAACCUGCUGGAGCACGAGACCAUGGCAGAGGUGAAGCAGCAGGCCAGCAGUUGGGUGCCGCUGCUCAACAAGAACUGCCACAUGGGCACCCAGGUCUUCCUCUGCUCGCUCUUCGCGCCCGUCUGUCUGGACCGGCCCAUCUACCCGUGCCGCUGGCUCUGCGAGGCCGUGCGCGACUCGUGCGAGCCGGUCAUGCAGUUCUUCGGCUUCUACUGGCCCGAGAUGCUCAAGUGUGACAAGUUCCCUGAGGGCGACGUCUGCAUCGCCAUGACGCCGCCCAAUGCCACCGAAGCCUCGAAGCCCCAAGGUACAACAGUGUGUCCUCCAUGUGACAACGAAUUGAAGUCGGAGGCCAUCAUCGAACAUCUCUGUGCAAGCGAAUUUGCACUGAGGAUGAAAAUCAGAGAAGUGAAGAAGGAGAAUGGCGACAAGAAGAUUGUCCCCAAGAAGAAGAAGCCCCUGAAACUGGGGCCCAUUAAGAAGAAGGAGCUGAAGCGGCUUGUGCUGUUCCUGAAGAACGGGGCCGACUGUCCCUGCCACCAGCUGGACAACCUCAGCCACAACUUUCUCAUCAUGGGCCGCAAGGUGAAGAGCCAGUACCUGCUGACGGCCAUCCACAAGUGGGACAAGGAAAACAAGGAGUUCAAAAACUUCAUGAAGAAAAUGAAAAACCACGAGUGUCCCACCUUCCAGUCUGUUUUUAAAUGAUACUGAGGUGGACUGGGGAGGGAGUGUGUGACCUGGGGUGAGGGUGGGGGCGAGGGGACGGCCCUGGCUCUUGGGGUUCACAUAUUGCCCUUGCCCAUUACAGUUGUGGCUUUCGCAUCGCAGCUGGCUCCAUUCCUACAGCGACCCCACUCCCUCCUCUUGACAUAGCCACAUCCAGCUAUGUCCAGGGCUCUUUAGACUAGAAGGCUUUUUUUUAAGGGCUGCAGUAGGGCCAGCAGUCACUGUGCAAAAGGAGGGGCAGAAUCCUUUCACUGAGUCUCAGGCACACACACACACACACACACACACACACACACACACACUUGCCAGUUUGGAAAGAAGUGUGUGAGGGCAGCUGAUGCAAGCUGUAUGCUGCUCUGGACAUCAUUAGGAAUUGCUCGUGGAGUCUUUGGGUAAACCAAGCCCUUGCAGGUAGAAAAAUUUGAUCAUUGGCAAGGCAGGUUGUUUCAGUUUGGUAGUAAUCCCCCCUUUUUUGCAUUGAUAGAAACAAGAGCACCAGUACCCCAUCAUACACACACACAUACAUGCACACACACACACACACACACACACACACACACACAUUCUGAAGGUAGCCAGGGUAUCCCAGUACAGAAUGCGAUAGACAAGGGGCAGGAUGGGAGGCCACAAGGGUGACAGAGGCUUGCUUUUGUAAGAGGAGGAACGUGGUGGGCAUGAAGAGACAUGAGGUAUUUCAGGCUGAGAAGCCAAUGGUUACUGGUUUUCAAAAACAUAGUGAAAGAAAAAAAAAACACAAGAACAUCAGCAAGUCACGAGUCAGGGUGAAUGGGGAGCUCACACUGUGGCUUCAUCAGUCCUAUUUCAAAAGAACACCUGCUACAUAAACAGAGACAAAACCUCACACACCCUUCAAGGCUUCGAUAAAAAUCCACACUGAGCGUUUGAAAAGACAGCCAAGACUAAGAUCUAUCUCUGACUGCCUAAGGCUGCCCUCUUAAUAAGCAUGCUGUCUGCGCACGUGCUAUGGAAGGUAACAACUGUCUGCACAUGUGCUGUGGAAGGGGUGGGCGUGGCAUCAUGAUGGUAGUUCCCUGCUGCCCUGGAGCCAGCACAGCAGUGGAAGCUGACAGUAUCUACAGCGCUCCCCAGAUUGCUUUUCUCCAAGAAGAUCCAUUUCUUUCAACACGAUUGCGAUUGCGUAUAGCUAAAAGAUACUCGAAAUCGCUGCUUGCCUGAUCCCUACACUUUUGCUUUUGUACUCCCUCGCCCCACUCGUGCGUUCUGAGGAUGAGUGUCCUGUCCAAGAAGAUGGCGACAACAGCUAACCGUUGGCAGUUUCCCCAAGUGCCCAAAGGUAGUCCUCAAAGUUGGUAUGCUUAGUAAGUGAUGUAAAUAAGCCGGUUCUCUUCGGCAGCCUAACUCCUGCUGUCUUCUUUAGAGUAGCUCUAAAGAAAAAAGACGUGAACGCUGAUUUCUUCCACCAAAGUCUGACCCACUACAUCUCAAGGAACGCAGUGGCGGUCUGUCUCCCUGGGGGGCUCACUCCUGCUGCAGCAUUGUGAGGAGUUGUGCCAUCCAAUGGCCUUGGAUCGACACAAAAACAGGGAAAUUCUGGUAACUUCUGAACGACUGUAGCCUGGAAAUCAGCCAGCCAACCUAGUUACUGACCUGAGUGCGAUACUGACCUAAUUAACCUCCUGUUUAGUAAUCCCAUUAUCUUAACACUUAAAUAUUCUUUCAACCUUAACGUUAUUAGGGACCUUAAAUGAUUUGCCUAUACUUUUGGAUGAUUUUAAAAUGCAUAUACGUAUUAUUAAUUAGCAAUAGUCUACUUUUCUCAUCGUCCAACUGAAACACAAGCGUAUUUCAUGAGUGUGUAGAGCUGGGCCUAGAGUCGCUAGUUCAGGGUUCGCUGAAGGGCUGCUCACUUUGGCAAAGUGGGUCAUGCAGCAGGGCCCUCUCCAAGUGACAGAGGACUUUCUACACGAGUUUAUAUGGGGGAGGGGGUGUUUUUUCACAGAAAGCGAGCCGGGGCCGCGCUGGGCAGCUCUAGAUUAGAACCCUCAGGUAGGAGGCAAUGCUCUCAGAAAGGAUUCAUAAUAAACUGAUCCCGUGAUCUGCAGCGGCUGUCACCACCCCCACCCCCACCCCCCCGCGCGCACCCCAGCACCUCCACUGCAGAAUCCCCUGGGUUAGAGUUCCAUUGUGGACCUGUGAGGAUUUUAGAUGCAUACACACCAGUUUUGUCGGCAGGAGCUCAGCAGUUCAGCACAAGCAAGGGAGGCUAUGAACCCAAAGCUGCAUGAUCUCCAACCUUUGUUCUUUUCAACAAAAGGCACAACAAACCAAUGUGCAGACUCAUUGGCCUUGGCACCGGCUUCCAAAAGAGGAGGUCCAUGUGCAUGCUGACCAUUGUUGCCAGGGAAAGGGUCAGCCUUGGAGAGCUUUAAAAUCCUCAUGCUGGAGAGGAGGAGGAGGCCAGACCUGCGGAUCCAUUGGGCACUACCAGUAGAGAAGAUAGGGCUUGGAGGCAAGAAUUGUAAGACUAUUUGAGGACGUUCUAUAUCCACACUCAACUCUCAUGGUUGGCUGGUUAGCGCUCUGUUCUCCCGGGGGCGUGGCCCGAGCAGGGUUCCGGCUAACUGUGAAGGCUUCAAUCACAGAAAUCUCAUUUCCCAAAGCGAGAGCCUAUCUCCCUUGUUAGACUCCGUGUAGCUAGAUGAUCUGUGUUGUGCCUUCAUAGCGGAAGUGUUUCGAGAUGUGUUUCAGACGCAAACCUGAGGCUACAUCUCCAUGCUGACAGGCUGGCUGCUCUGACCUGGCUUCGCAGGUCCCCAGCACACAGAUGGAAUUCCUGCUGGCCCUAGUUCUUUCGUGAGGGACUCCACUUUUAGAGUCCAAAACUUUUAUAAAAAGCUUUGAAUACUGUGAAGAUGUUUUACAUUCCAUUUCUUUUGUGUUGUUUUUUUAAAACUACAUUUGACCAGAUGUUUUGAUGUUAUCACGUUUGUAAUAGUAAUUCCCAUAUGUGUUUUGUUUUCAUGCUUUUCCUGCCAUGUAUUCACUUGACUAAAAUCACUCAAUCAAUAA